GGGUGGUGGUGGUGGUGGUAGUAGUGGUGGUGUUGUGUCGAGUACCUCCGGGUUCCGGUUGUUGUUUGUUGUUUGUUGGUUUCAAUCGCGAGUUCUAGAAAUCAAAGGGAAACAACAAUGAUAGAACACCAUGUACAACAAACAUACAUAUACACACAAUACAGGCAGCGCGACAGUUUGCCAAGCAGAGGGGAGAAGCCUGCGAUUUCUCAAUUCGAAAGUUAUCGAACUGAAAUCGGGGAGAUCACCUUUUUAUAUCUACUUCAUAUGCUUUUCCGAGCAAGAAAAGUAUAAUAUAAGCUUGAAUCCCAUCAGCAGCAGCGCGCGCGCAUUCUUAUUUAUAUCGACCACCCACAGUGCUAGUCUUCAUACACCCUUCCCCCUAACGCUGGGCUCCCCGUUGCUUGGUUUGCUGGCUGCUGGCUGCUGGCUGCUGCUGGGCUGGGGCUGACUGACUGACUGACUGACUGACUGACUGACUGACUGACUGACUGACUGACUGACUGACUGAACUAAAUCGAAUCGAACUGACUG